CUGAGAUGUGCUCAAAGUCGCUGAUUGAAUCUUCCUUGGUGAACAGUUAACUGUCACUUCUUAUGCUGUAUUGGAAGAAACAGGAUUCACUUCAAAUGAUAAAGUAGACCUUUCUUUAACAUCUUGUCGAAAGCGUUACGUGGUCGUUUAACUGGAGGUUACGUAAACCGGCACGAAAACUGUGGGCGCACAAUUUUGCAACUGAAAACCAGGUGACCUAGUUUAGCGAAUUCAGUCUGGUUUUUGCGUGUUGAACUCGUUGGUUAGAACAGCCUGUGCUAAGGUUUAAGGCUCUAAUCGAACUUUGUUUUGUAAACAGUUGACAUGUUUACACAGAGAGUAAUCAGCAGAGUUGAAGACUUUUGUGAAAUAGGAUCUUGAUUCGCGAAAACGUGCCUUGUAAGUGUUUGAAAUAAUGGGAGAAGAAACCACUACCGACGGAAGUUUACAGAUACAUCAAAGGUUCGAAAACGAAGGCGAUAUAGAAAGCCCGACAUGCGGAUUAGUCUCCUGGAGACCAAGCUUUCUUCAGCGUUUUGCCAAGGCGAAAUGGUUUCUGCUGUUCCAAUGUUGGUUCGUCCUAGCACAAGGCAUGAUCGUUUCAGGGUUUCAGGGAGUUGUAAUUUCCUCACUGGAGAGACGUUUCUCGUUAAAGACAAACGAAAUUGGAGUUAUCGUCAGUUGUUACGACAUUUCUGCCGCAAUCAUGGCCAUCUUAGUGAGUUACUACGGCCAUCACCAUAAACCGAAGUGGCUCGGCAUUGGAGCAUUCAUUUUAGGAAUUGGAUGCUUCUUAUUCGCUCUCCCACAUGUUCUCGUUGGCCGAUACGAGCCAGGUUCUAGUGCGACAAAUCUUUGUUCUACGGAUUCCCUUCCGUCAAACUUGAUCUGUAGAAGUUCAGUCUGGUAUCACAUAUUUGUCUUUGUGCUCGCGGAGUUUUUUAUCGGAAUCGGAGCUACCCCCGUGUAUAUUUUGGGGACUGCAUUCAUCGAUGAGAAUGUCCGCCGCACCACGUCGGGAUUGUUUCUUGGAAUUAUGUACGCUGUGGCAACGUUUGGUCCUGCUGUGGGGUUUCUGCUUGGAGGAGAAUUUCUCAGAAUAUAUGUUGAUAUCAAGCAGCCAGAGGGUGUAAGUCUUACACCUGAGGAUUCAAACUUUAUUGGGGCAUGGUGGAUGGGGUACAUCCUUGGUGGCUCACUGUCCAUCAUGGUCAGUCUUCCUUUGCUUGCAUUUCCAAGAGAGCUUCCAGGAACACCACAAAUCCGGGCUGAAAAACAGAGAUUUUCAGACACUGUGGAGGAUGACAACAUGCCACAUACACUGAAGCAGCUACUUCCCUCACUUAAGUCACUUCUUACAAACAAGCCUUUUGUAUUUCUUUCUCUUGCCUCAGCAUUUGAGGGAUUUGCUGUGGGUGGUUUUUCUACAUUUUUACCCAAAUUUGUUGAGGCACAGUUUCGUAUCUCAGCUGGCCUGGCAAGCACAUAUACUGGCCUAGUGGUGGUACCAGGAGGGUGUGGAGGCAUGCUCUUUGGAGGUUAUCUUGUAAAAAGAAUGAAAUGGACUUGUGACAAGACUAUUAGAGCUUGUUUUGUUAUUGCCUGCUUAGCGACACUCUGGGCAGCAGGACUGUUCUUUGGGUGUCCCAACAGAGUAUUUGUGGGUGUAACAGAUCCAUACAUUAACAGUCCUAGGUCAUCACUUGUCAAUAUUACUUCUUCCUGUAAUGCAGCAUGUAACUGUGACGUUAAGUACUUUUCACCUGUUUGUUCCAAACAAGAUCAGCGAACAUUUUACUCUCCUUGUUACGCUGGCUGUAAGGCAGAUGACAGAUUAGGUGACAAAGGUUAUCAGAACUGUAGCUGUUUUGUGACGCAAUCAAAUGAGGGAAUUGAAGGCAGUGGAUGUCAACCAGAAUGCAAUAACCUUGCUCCCUUCCUUUUCUGCCUUUUUGGUCUCAUGGUUUUUACAUUUUCAAACAACAUCCCAGCAACUACAGCAACUCUCAGAUGUGUUUCAGAAAGCCAGGGAUCAUUUGCUCUGGGCAUAAACCAGCUUAUUGUCCGUAUUUUGGCCUUUAUUCCUGCCCCAAUUGUGUUUGGAUAUGUGAUUGAUGCUGCAUGUAAACUGCAUCAAGAGGACCCUUGUGAUCUUGGGGCUAAGAGGAACUGUUUGGAAUAUGACACUGAUUUGUUCAGGUAUCUGAUGUUAGCUGUUGGUGGUGGUUUCAAGCUUUUAUCUGCAGUAGCUUUCUACUUUGCAUGGAAAUUUUACAAACUGCCAUCCCAGAGUCAGUCGAAUGAGGGUUUGAAUCGAGAGUCUGCUUCAUCACAAAUAACAAUCGUGGAUGGACACACCAAAAAAAUGCCUGAAACAGAGUUGAUUCCUGUUGCACAGUUUAUUACAGUUUCAGAUUCUGGGGAAGAAAAACCACUUCCUAGCAAGGAUUUUGCAAGGACAACCAAUGUUUAGAUACAAUAAACAGGUGACUCCCUUAAAUCAGAAUUGAAAAAUAUCAUAUGCUUCCUGGUUACACAAUUGUUGAGUCACCUAAAAGUAUUAUACUCCAUACACAGUUAUUGAAUCACUUGAAGGGCACAAAAUCUUUUGCUCUGAAAAUUCAACAUUUUAUAUUAUAAAAUAAUUCAAAUAGUACGUGCGCUCUGAUUGGCCAUAAAACCAUUUUACUUGAGCAUAUGUAAACAUGGUUUUCAUUCCUCUUUCAUUAGUUAUUUUAUAAAAGAAAUGUAAAAUGGUUUCCGUGUUUACAUAGCCUGAUGUAAACACUUGGGAGGUUGGGAGAACACUCGAUAAGCUGGAAACCACUCUGCUUCGUGUCAUGGUUUCUUAUGCUUAUCUCGUGUUCUCCCAACCUCCUGCAUGUUUACAUCAGGCUAUGUAAACACGGAAACCAUUUUACAUUUCUUCAUUUUCAUUUCAGUAUAAAUCGCACAGUUGAAUAGUGCUUUUUGCAUUUGCUGAUUGGUUAAUUUGGAAGUGAAUAGCAAGCACUAUUCACUUCUGAGCUGUCAAUAAGACAAAAUCAUGCAUCAGGAGUUUGAUUGUAACCAUAUAAUUUAGGUAUAUUGAAAGAAGUAAUUAAAACUAAUUUUUUGGUUUCUUUGUGAUAUACUAAGACAGUUAUUCACCUAAGUGGGGCUGAGUAAUGGUGGAUAUUUAUUGUGGGUCGGUAAUGAUUGUCAAUUAUUUAGCAGCUGCUGUAGAUAUAAUUUUGAUGAUGAUCUGUAAUUGUACAAUUACAGCUUACAGUUGACAUCAAAAUUACAUGGAAGGAACAAAACGUAUGACAUCAGCUGGGCAUCUGAACUCUGACUAAUAUAUUAUAGGCAACAAACUACAUGUACCCCUGUGGGGUAUGGCACUGAAACAUUUUCCUACCUUUGAGGAGAAUUUUUAAAACUUACUUGACUGUACAGUUUGAUCUUCAAUAAAAAAAUUGUACCUAACCCGAUUCUUCAUCCAAUGUAAUAUGAGCAUAUUAAUAUAAUAAUUAUGUUAGUAUUAACUUUAUCAAUAAUGUUAUCAUUGUUUGAA